AGAGCUGGCAGCAGAGCGGGGCGCAGCUCCCUAUAAUGACUGGCCACCGCAGUUGGGGAUAUGGGAAGGAUGACGGACCUUCAGAGUGGCACAGAUCUUAUCCUAUUGCCCAAGGGAACCGCCAGUCACCUAUUGAUAUAGUUUCUGCAAGAGCAGUUUAUGACCCUAACCUGAAGCCACUUGUUUUCUCCUAUGAGUCAUGUGCCUCUCUUAACAUCUCCAACAAUGGCCAUUCAGUUAUGGUUGAGUUUGAAGAUACCGAUGACAAGACAGCUAUCAGCGGUGGUCCCCUUGAGAAUCCAUUUCGGCUAAAGCAGUUUCACUUUCACUGGGGGACAAAUCGCAGCCAGGGAUCGGAGCACACAAUUGAUGGCAAACCUUUUCCCUGUGAGCUCCACUUAGUUCACUGGAAUGCCAGAAAAUAUGCAACAUUUGGAGAAGCAGCAGCAGCUCCAGAUGGCUUGGCAGUAGUUGCUGUUUUCUUGGAGAUUGGGCAAGAACAUACCAGUAUGAACAGACUCACUGAUGCUUUUUACAUGGUAAAAUUUAAAGGAACAAAAGCUCAAUUUAGUAGCUUCAACCCCAAAUGUCUCCUGCCAUUGAGUCUAGAUUACUGGACAUACCUUGGUUCUUUGACAACACCACCCCUUAAUGAGAGUGUAACAUGGAUAGUGCUGAAAGAACCCAUCAGCAUUUCUGAGAAACAGCUGGAGAAAUUUCGCAUGCUCCUCUUCACCAGUGAGGAAGACCAAAGGAUCCAAAUGGUGAAUAAUUUCCGCCCCCCUCAGCCUCUUAAGGGGAGAGUAGUUCGAGCUUCCUUCAAGGCCUGAAGAAAACUGAUAAUGGCACUGAGAUAUCCAAGAGCUUCCACAUCUGAGAUACUAUAAACAGGAACUCUGGUCUUCAGAUUACUUCUGGAACACACAAGAUAACCAUUUCCAUGAAAACUCAACUUGGAGGGGGAUAAUCUUCUGACUUUAUAUUUUAUUUGAAUUGCUCAUUCUUUUCAGAAAUGGCAUAUUUUUAAUAAAAGGAAUAGUUGAGUAAACCA